AGGCCUAUAUUCUGGAAAUAACCAACAAUGGUCCCAUCACAACAGGAGCUCAAGCUACUCUCCAGGCCAGUCUCAGUACAGAGGAUGUCAAUGUCACAUCAGACUGGUAUCACUUCAACUGGAUAUAUGCUCCUCUGAUUCUGAUAGAGAAAUCUGAGCAGCAGUUUAACUCUGUAAUUAAUGUGACCGGUGAAUUUCCUGGGACUUUUCCUGUGUCUGUCUGGGUGACUCACAGAAACUGCUGGUUAUGUCGGCCAGUUGCUAGAAACAUCACUGUGCUUCAGAUUACAGAAUUUAUCACAGGGAAUCUCACCAUUGCCCAGAUAGAAGACAGCAGAGGUAUCACACGUGGUUCUAGUUCCUCCACGGGCACAGCGACACGGAUUUCUUUCUCUCUUCAUGACCCCAGUCAUUACUUCAAGACAGCAUCAUUUGUCUACAACUGGGAUUUUGGGGAUGGACUUUACCAGAUUACCAAGGAACCCUUUGUCUACUAUAACUGCUCUUCCAUGGGGAACCGCACGGUGCACCUGAAAGUUGUAGCUGAAUGGGAGCAAAUGGGAAGCAUCAUACAUGAGAGAGAAAUGGUGCAGAAAACUGGUGAUUUUAGCACUUCUCUGGAGCUCUUAGAUGCUGUUAAAAGUGUGAAUGUAGUGGGCUCCAGAGAGACUCACGUCAUGGAAAACUUGAAUUUAUCUCUUCACAUCAAUGGCACCCCCCCCCUGGCCUUGUGCUGGCUUAUAAAAUCUGAGUGCAUCCCACUUGAAGGUGACAAAUGCCAUCUGGUGGAGAUCAGUGGCUCCUGCUACAAUCUCAGCCAUACCUUCAGGGAUGCAGGGCAGUAUUGCCUCAGCGUCAGAGUGGAGAACGGGGUGACGAUGCUGCAGACGUACCACGGGAUAAAAGUGUGGCCAACAGGGAUCCAACCAGCUUUCUUUGUCCUGCUCUGCAUCGCUCUGGUUUCAGCGAUGGUAGGACUGGUGCUGUACACGACCUUUCGAAGCAACACACAACAAAAAGAUCUCGUGGAGGUAGCUGACUUUGACUUUUCUCCACUGUCUGAUGAACACCUGCCUAAUCACUCAGAGUCAGGUUGUGGCCGAGUAUGUUGCAGAUCAUGUUUUCUUCAGUCAUCAAAAGAAGGUGCCAGGGAGGAUCACGAACUCCUACAUUCUUUUUACAAGCCAGUCAAGACGUACACGCUGUGAAGAACACAACUGCACUUUGGCUGCACUGACUGCCUAACUUUCUCACUGAGGAUGAGUUAAAAGCCCAGUGCUGCACAAAUGGUUUGGGUUUGCCAAUGCAAUAAGGUUCACCACUUUAAGUCCAGCACUUGAGCAUUUCAUUCUCUGAACUAAGAAAGAACAAGCCCUGAAACACAGUGAAAGUAGCUUUGUAUUUUUAACUUAUACGGGUGUGUACAUUUACAGCUGUAAAUGCAGCGUUUUAUUCUUAUGAAAGAUUGUUUUAUGUGCAGGUUUGCUAAACUCACUACCUCUUGUAAUUUCUCUGUUCCUUCUGCUGUCUGUUUCAAAGAAGAAGAUGCUUAAGACAAACAUACCUCUCCUGUGUUGCAACAAUAUUACUGGAAAUGGAAGUCACCCAAAA